CUUUCCAUCUUCAUCCCGGACACACACACACACACACACACACUCACAAACACACACACACACUCACACUCACACACGCACACGCGAGUGCACUUCUGUUGCAGCAGGAUCACGCGUAGCCAGACGUUAAAAGCCCUCCUUCUCUCCUGGAAACAAAGCGCAAUAACGCAGGACAGUUGUUGCGCAUCUGGAGUCCAACGACCUGGCACGUCACGUGACCUCCCUGACCGCUUUUGCCACCUGAAUCGCAAGAAUGAAUCUCUGAUUUCGUCCCAGAGCGCGCGCUCUCUCCUCUCCUCUCCUCUCCUCUCUUCUCCUCUUCUUUCCUCUCCUCCUCCCCAAAGGUUUUUUUUUUUUUUUCCCGCGAGCUCCCGGGACUUGUGUCGCGCUUCCAGCUCGCGCUUUGCUCCUAACGUCCUGCCUGCGACAUGAGCUCCAUCCUCUCCUGCCGAGACGCGCGCUUCGACUGCGCCUACUCCGCCUCUGCGUCGGCUCGCGCCACUGUUGACGUUUCCACGGCAACGCUCGUCUCCCUCUGGGACGCCGGUCGCUUGGACGACGCGGGUUGCCAGCGCGAGCUCCCACAGCUGGUUCCAGCGCACGGUGCUCUGCAUGACUCCGUCUGGUCCGACCAACUGUCCCCUCACCUCCAGCGGAACAAGCAGCUUCAGGACACCUUGAUGCAAAAAGAAGAAGAACUCGCGAGACUCCAGGAAGAGAAUAACAAACUCAAAGAGUUUCUAAACUCAUCAUAUGUGAAGUCUCUUGAAGACAAAUCAAAGAGGCUUUUCUCUGUUCAGAGGAGCGCAGAUGUGCGGCACAGGAAAAGAGCUCUACACGAAGACCGAGACUUCCUCAAUGUGAGUCGGCUGCUGCAGGGCGGCGAGGGAAAGCGGACGUGCCGUAACCUCUCUCUGGAGUUCUGCUCCGCCGACGAGGUGGCUGCCACGCCUCCGCUGGACUCCUGGGUUCUGGAAACGCUGGGAUUGCAGGACGAAGACACCAUCAACACAGACAGCAGUUUCAGCAGCCCUACAACAGAGCACACUCCUUCCUUCAGCUCUCCAGCGCCGAGCACCGACCACUUCAGCCCUGCGGUGCAGGACAGCACCAUGUACAGCCCUUAUUCGGACAUCCACUGCGAAUACAGCAGUGCCAUAGAGUCGUCAUGUGGCUUCGGCCACAGCAUGGACGAGAGCGCAGAUUAUUUGACUCUUGGCGCGUCACGGAUGUACACCGUCACAUCUACGGGCUCGCUUCAAGGUGUGGAAGUUCCUACUGGACACUUCACCCCUCCCAAGGCAGCGUCAACUCCUCAGCGUUCGCACGUCCCGAGCUCAGAGCGGCACCAUCGCGGCCACGGCUUCUCCAGUCCAUCAGGGGACGAGGGCGCGCUGUUCUCCACGCCGCACACGACGCGCAGCAGAACGGACUUAGCAUUCAGCAUGUCGCUGAGUCCACAGAACAGCGUCAAGACCCACACGUUCCCACAAGGACAGGCUUUCACACGCAGAGACUCACAAGGUGGAUGGAAUUUCACCUGGGUGCCUAAACAGUGUUCUUAAAAUCAAUAUGUGAAGGGGAUAUUACUAAUCUAUUUAAAAAAAAAACAGUUCUGGGACACUGGGGAUAGCAAUGAAUAAAUAUGAGACGUGGCAUGAGACAAAAGGAAGCUAACCAUUCUUACAAGUAAUAUGAAUCAACUAUAUAUGAUAUAUUUGAAGAAAUAUUGGUAUUAUUUUUAAAUCCGGCCCUGGCAUAAUUUGACUGAUUAACACGUGAUUAACACAGAAUCUUUCUAUUCUGUCCUAUUAGAUGCUUAGAAAAAAAACAUAAUCAUCAAUAAACAAUAAUACAAGUACCUUGUGUUGGCUAAUUUCUCAACUUUCUCAACAUUUUGGCACGCGUUUGAGUAACUCUUGAAAAGCGAGAUGUCUGUAAAUCGUCUAAAUUCCUCCUCUCACACCUUAAGACAUAUCUAGUAUUUUAUCUGACAAUAAUUCAACUCCACAAAGUGCUCAGAUCAGCCUCUAUUCUUCUUUCGAUACUCCUAUCUGGAUGUUAACCCUAAC